GUUAUCUAGUGAUAACGUCAUACGGGCACUAACGCACUUCAACUCUUCCUAAACUUCCUCUUCCCAUUCCCACCAUACUACACAUUAAGGUCAAAAUUAUUUAUCAGCAAAGGUGGAGGUGAACAGAAAGGCGGACCAUCACCAAGCAGCUUUGCAUCUAUGAACGCCUUCAUCGCCAGAACAUCCCUAGCUCCACGACACGUCUAUAGACAGUUCGCUGCCACCACCCGCAAAAUGCAUAUCAAGUCGAUUCCUAUGUGGACGGGCAGUAGUGACAACUACGCCUACCUCGUUGUCGACGACAAGUCCAAGGAUGCCGUCAUCAUCGAUCCCGCGAACCCUGAGGAAGUCGCUCCCGUCCUGAAGAAGGCCAUCGAUGAUGGCUCCAUUAACCUCACAGCCAUCGUGAACACUCAUCACCACUGGGACCACGCCGGCGGUAACACCAAGCUCCGCACCGCCCUCGGCCUCCCCAACCUCGAAAUCAUCGGCGGCAAGGACUGCGACAAGGUGAACAAGACCCCGGCCCACGGCAAAGGUUUCAACAUCGGCAGCAUCGCCGUCAAGGCUCUGCAUACGCCCUGCCAUACGCAGGAUAGCAUAUGCUGGUUCAUGCAGGAUGGGGACGACAAGGUCGUGUUUACUGGUGAUACGCUUUUCCAUGGAGGCUGCGGUCGCUUCUUCGAAGGAAAUGGAGCGGAGAUGCACAAGGCUCUGAACGAGACGCUUGCUUCUUUGCCGGAUGAGACUCGGGUUUUCCCCGGUCACGAAUACACCAAGUCCAACGCCAAGUUCUGCCUGUCGGUAUUGCAGAGCGAGGCUGUUAAGGCUCUUGCCGCUUUCGCGGACAAGCACAAGGAGACGCAGGGCAAGUUCACCAUUGGUGACGAGAAGAAGCACAAUGUGUUUAUGAGGCCUCAGGAUCCUGAAAUCCAGAAGGCAACGGGCGAGACCGAUCCGGUGGCUAUCAUGACCAAGUUGAGGGAGAUGAAGAACAACUUCAAGUGAGCGUUGGGCUAGGUAGAAUCAUGAUAAAUGAAUGAAGUAACCAAGACUCCCUCUCCGU